AUGAAGAUAGAUUCCUUAGUUAACUUGGGAGUUCAACCACCACCUAAUGUUUGUGAGUUUUGUGUGGGUGCACAUUCUUCUAAUCAGUGUGCUAUAUCUAGUGAAUCUGAUCAGUUUGUGAGCAACUUCCAAAGGUCUCAGCAGCCAGCUCCUGCCACUUAUCAUCCCAAUAAUCAGAAUCAUCCGAACUUCAGCUGGAGCAACAAUCAAAAUUUUAUGCAACAACCGCAGAAACAGUUUCAGCAGCAAGGAGCUAGACCCUUCAACCCUUCUGGUUUUCAACAGUUUGCACCGAAGCAGCAAUUCCAUCCACCUGGAUUCCAGCAACAAAAUCAUGGGGUGGCUGGACAGUCUUCCAACGAAAGAAUUGAGUGGGAAGAGAUGAAAUUAAUGACUAAAACCCAAGCGGUGUCAAUCAAGACUUUGGAGAACCAGAUUGGGCAGAUUGCUAACGCAUUGAUUAACAGACCACAAGGAACUCUUCCUAGUGAUACCGAGGCCAAUCCGGGUAGGAAAAAGGUGAAGGAACAGGUACAUGCUGUCACCUUGAGGUCCGGAAAGGUUACGAAGGAGAAAGAGUCAGCAACAGAGCAUAACAAGGAUGAGAGUGAUCAACAGGUUGAACCACCCGUGCUCUCAUCUAAGUCUGAUAGUGGAAAAACUGUUGUUGUCGCUGACAAGAAAGAAGUCAACAAGGAGGCAAGCAAGGAAUCAACUGAGAAGUCUAGUCCUAAAGCUGAUAUUAGGGUCAAGCAAGACCUAACAGUUGCUCUAACGGAAGAGUGUAGUGUUGUGUUGCAGCAGAAAUUGCCCCCGAAGCUGAAGGAUCCGGGAAGUUUCACAAUACCGUGUACCAUUGGCAAGUUAUCUUUUGACAAGUGCUUGUGUGACUUGGGAGCUAGCAUCAAUCUGAUGCCGUUCUCUGUCUUCAAGAAACUUGGUCUGUCGGAGCCGAAACCUACAAACAUGUCCUUACAACUGGCUGAUCGGUCCAUCACGUACCCGCGAGGUAUAGUGGAAGACGUCUUGGUUAAGGUGGAUAAGCUCAUCUUCCCUGCUGAUUUUGUCAUCCUAGACUUCGAGGAGGAUAAGAAGAUUCCCAUUAUCUUGGGAAGGCCGUUCUUAGCUACAGGCCAAACUUUGAUCGAUGUGCAAAAAGGAGAGCUUACAAUGAGAAUUCAAGAUCAGAGUAUCACUUUUAAAGUGUUCAAUGCAAUGAAAUUUCCAACUGACGAAGAAGAAUGCUUUAAGGUGGAGCCACUAGAAGCUGCUGCAAAUUCUGAGAUUGAGCAAAAGCUAAGACCAGGUACCUUAGAGAGAGUCUUUACAGGGGAUUCUGAUUUCGAAGAUGAAGGAGUAGCAGAGCUUAAAAAUUUUCAGGAGCAUCUUAAACCAUCUAUUGAAGAAGCUCUCAAUCUCGAACUCAAACUACCACCAGAUCUCUUAAGUGAUGUGCAGUUUAGAAGGUUGUCACGGCGCAUAGAUGACAUGCAUGACAUUCACCGCCGUUUUGCAAAGGAUUUGACUCAAGCUCUUAGGAGUGCUUUUCGAGCCAUUGGUGUUGAGGUUGAUUGGCCAGUGUUUGGAGAUGGCAUGGUAUAUUCACCACCUGAUCAUCCACCCGAGGAUGAUGAUCCUCCCGACAUUUAG